UUCCGCAUGGCAGUGGAGUGAGUCUGGACUCAGGAGUGACUUUAUAUCUUCUUUCUUCAACUUCUUCUUCGUCAUCUGCUGCUGCUGCUCAUCACUUCUUUCUUCUCACUUCCAAAAUCUUCGCGCCAAAAUGGGUAUCCCUAACCCUAAAGCAGGAGGAGGAGGUGGUAUCGUUAACGAUUCUCCUUCAAAUACUAUUAAGAGGCAUCAAACAGACCCUUCUCCAUUAUCAUUUUUUGAAGGCGAAAGGAUUCUUGCUUAUCAUGAUCCACUUAUUUACGAAGCUAAGGUCGUUACAGUUGAGAUUAAGAAUCCUUAUGAUAACACAAAGGAGUACUUAAUUCAUUACAAAGGUUGGAAUAAAAAAUGGGAUGAGUGGGUAGGCGUUGAACGUUUGUUGAAAUUCACUGAAGAAAACAAGAAACUGCAGGAGGAACUUAAACUAGCGCAGCAGCAUAUCGAAAAGAAUCCGAAAUCAGGGUGUUUAUCAAACAUGAAUCCAGAAAGUUUUACUGAUGCAAAAAUGGAUCAAGAGGAUACUAGAAUAUAUGCAAGGAAGGGAAAGAGGCAAACAAGUGACUUCAGAGUUAAGGAGGAACUUAAACUAGAGCAGCAGGAUACGGAAAAGGAUCUCAAGUCAGGGUGUUUAUCAAACAUGAAGUCAGAAAGUUCCGCAGAUGCGAAAAUGGAUCAAGAUGAUACUAGAAAAUAUGUGGGGAAGGGAAAGAAGCGGAGAAGUGACUUAAGCGUUGAGGAUGAACUUAAGCUAGUGCAGCUGCGUAUGGAAAAGAAUCCCAAUUCAGGGUGUUCAUCAAACAUGAAUCCAAAAAGUUCUACUGAUGCAAAAAUGGAUCAAGUGGAUACUAGAAUGGCUGGAUCUACCACGACCUCGUCCAUUGAGUAUAGGAGAGAAUAUGUGGGGAAGGGAAAAAAGCGUACUAGUGACUUCAGCGUUGAGAAACAAAGGCGAUAUGAUGCUGCAUACGAGAAUGUGAAGCCAUUGGGGUUUCUAAACAAGAAAGUCAUCCGGACAAAAAUUGAUUCCCUUUUGAAGGUUUAUGGUGGAGAUGAAGGAUGGGCUUUCAUUGAAGAAGCUUCGUAUAAGUUACUGAUUGAAUGCCUUUUGGAAUGUCAAGAGCAACUAGAUCUAGUUGUCAAAGAAGAAGAAAAUCAAGGGAUACUGUUUCCAGAAGAAGAAAAAGUUCAAGAGACUGAUGAACAACUUCUGAGGAAGAAUUCAAGAAGGAAAAUUCCAAGGUUGUCCUCAGUUGCAGGGAUAUCAAGUGCAGUUGUUAAAUAUGAACCCAGAGGAAGUGAACCUAGGACUGAGGAGGUCAAGGAGAGAAUAGAAGCUAUCAAGUGCAGUUGUUAUCUUUUGCCCGCUGCAAAAAAACAGAGGUUGCAAGAAACACUUGGAAAUGGCAAUCGGAAGUUGGUUUCUGCUGAAGUACAGAAGUUGCAAGAAAAUCUUUCUGGGUCUGUGCUAGGUACUUCUCAACGCCGUAGGAAGAGGCCCCCAUUUGGUUAUAUUGACAGUAUGGAAGACUGCGAAGAGGACUAUGUUUUCUUUAACACGAAACUCUAACUUUGUAAAUGAAUGUCCAGAGAGAAGGAUGUCUCGGUGGGAUUAGGUGGGUGCAGUUGUCUGAGCCCGUCUCUCUGAGUUCUUGUGAUUAAGAAUAGUGUGCAGGAUAGAUAACGCGAAGGAUAGAUGAACUAAUACAUUUUUUUGCUCCUGGGUUACCAACCUACUAGGGAGUCUGUUGUUUAUUGUGAUUGGGAACAAUCAUGAAAACACAGAAGAAAAUCAACAACAGGAAGAUCUAACUGUUAACAGUAUACUCUCUUCUUCCUAGAGUAGGCUGUGUAUUCUCUCUUUUUGCGUUUUAUUUUUUGAAUCCUUAUCAAUUGUUUGAUAAGUCACUUUUGUACAGACAUGUAAACAGACCACGAAUAUUUAGAAUCUCAGUUGCACCGAGCUUUUGGUUUGA